GUGCAUCUCUAUAUAAAAUUUGGGAUGAUAGUGUUAGGCCAAGGCAUUUUCUAGGCGCAGACAAUGAAGACGAAAUAGAAGCCAUACUCUCAGACCGUGAAGGCCAUUCCUUACACGAAUUCAUUGAUGGAGAUGAGCCACUCCGGCCUAUUAUAGAUUUUGAUCUACCACGAGAGGUAAAGAGGUACUAG